CUCUGCAUAAACGACUAGCUACCUUUAGCAACUCCAGUACGAUACUCCAACACCAAACUUGUGACCUCGUACAAAGUACUGGCAGUUGAAUAAACUUACAAAGUUAUAACUUAACACACCAGCUAAGCAACUUGUAGUCGUCCGACAUCGUACGGUUCUCAAGUUCUCCAGGCCUUCCCGCAAUAUGCACUCUGAGCGUUUCCCCAGCUUUUGUCCCCCCGGCUGGUGGUAACCCUGUCCUGCUAGUGUCACCUUAACCCACACAAGCUCCCCCCUCCUCAUCAAGGUGGACCUAACCUCGGCCAAGUUUCGACACUGCCGGUCCCGCCGUUUGACAACGCCUCGGCGCCAAUCCGACCUCUCUAUAUAGUUCAAUGGAUUCAUUGUUCCUUUACAACUGAGGCUGCUUCCAUUAUCGUCGUGGUUUAGUGUGUGAUCUAAUUGUCAACGCCGUUUAACAGUCAUGUCAGCCCAGAUUCCCGCCUUGGUCGUAAAUCGCGUCAGCGACAAAGCGAAGAGGACAUUAGAUAUUGUAGCCAAGUUUGUCGAGGAAGAAUGCAUCCCCGCCGACCCCGUGCUCGAGGCCCAAAUCGGCGAGGGCGCUUCGCGAUGGGAGCAACACCCAGCCAUCGUUGAAGACCUGAAGGCAAAGGCAAAGAAGUUGGGCUUGUGGAACAUGUUCUUGCCCAAGGGACACUACAAGGAGUCGCCUGGGUACACCAACCUGGAAUAUGGAUUGAUGGCAGAAUGGCUGGGCAAGUCUCGGGUCGCCUCCGAGGCUACCAACUGCGCUGCUCCUGACACAGGAAACAUGGAGGUUUUGGCUAAGUAUGGCAAUGACGCACAGAAGGCUCAGUGGCUGAAGCCUCUGAUGGAGGGACAGAUCCGGUCAGCUUUCCUUAUGACAGAGCCUGAUAUUGCGUCUUCGGAUGCUACGAACAUCGAAUUGAAAAUCGUGAAGGACGGCAACGAUUACGUUCUGAACGGCGCGAAAUGGUGGUCAAGUGGAGCUGGUGAUCCCCGAUGCAAGAUCUACAUUGUCAUGGGCAAGUCAGAUCCCAACAAUAAGGACCCUUACAAGCAACAAUCUGUUAUCCUCGUGCCGGCCGGCGCCAAGGGCAUCGCAAUCCAUCGCAUGUUGAACGUGUACGGAUACGACGACGCGCCGCAUGGACACGGCCACAUCACCUUCAAGGAUGUCAGAGUGCCAGCAACCAACAUGGUGCUCGGCGAAGGUUGUGGUUUUGAAAUCAUCCAGGGUCGUCUCGGACCAGGCCGUAUACACCACGCCAUGCGAUCCAUUGGUGCUGCGGAGCGAGCCCUCGAGUGGAUGUUGAUGAGGAUCAACGAUCCGAAGAAGACGCCCUUCAAGAAGCAGCUGAAGGAACACGGCGUUAUCCUCGAAUGGGUUGCCAAGUCACGUAUCGAGAUCGAUGCCGCGCGCUUGAUCGUGCUCAACGCUGCGGUCAAGAUGGACGACCUGGGACCGAAGGCGACAUUGAAGGAGAUCGCGGAGGCCAAGGUACUUGUACCGCAGACGGCCCUGACGGUCAUCGAUCGCGCAGUCCAGGCAUUUGGAGGGGCUGGCGUCAGUCAAGAUACACCUCUGGCCAACAUGUGGGCGCAGAUCAGGACUCUCCGUUUGGCAGAUGGGCCAGACGAGGUUCACCUCCAGCAGAUGGGCCGAAACGAAAACAAAAGGGGCAUGGCAGUGACUCAGAAGAUUCUCGGGCAGAAAGAGAAAACGGAGCAGUUGUUGAAGCAGUAUGGUGUGCAGACGCUACAGCCCGGUACCAACAUUAAGCACCGCCUGUGAUGAUCAUUGUAUGAUAUACGCAUGUAUCCUCAGCUUGAAAAUUCACGAUUCUUCACAUUCAUGGCUGCAGCAGUUGCGGAGUGGCCGGCUCGAGGUCACCCCUGUAUUCCCUCUGACCAUGCAUGCAUUAAUGACCUGUGUUGCCAAAUUAAGGCAAUCCAAUAUUGAU